AUGAAGCGAUCGAUCACCCAAGAAGACAGGGAACUCGCAGCAGCCGGUUACGAGCAUCUUGAUGUGAAACAAAAAGAUCAAAAGCAGUCGCCAGCCUCAUCCCUCGAGAACGCAGAUAUCCAUGAACACCAGCUGGAUUUUGCUGGCGUUACAGACGCGUUUAAGACUUCGUUUGACGCUAAAGAUCCUGGGCGUUCCUUUGGCCUCGCUUCGGAUGAAGCUAAGGCUCGAUUGGCGAAGGAUGGUCCGAACAUUUUGACUCCCCCGAAAAAGAAAAGCGCAUUGCGAAAGUUUCUUGAUAGGCUUUUCACGAUGUUCAAUAUCCUUCUUAUGGUCGCUGGUGUCCUUGAAUACGUGCUCUUGGGCAUUGACUUCAAAGACAACUUUCAAAACACUUACCUUGGUGGCAUCCUGAUUUUGGUCGCAUUCAUAAACGCAUCGAUCGACUUUUAUCAGAUCCAAAAGUCUGAAGCCAUUCUUGCAUCCUUCUUGGCGAUGAUACCCCCAGCCUGUCGUGUUGUACGCGACGGCACCAUCUCUACGAUACCCGCUGCAGAACUAGUCAAAGGAGACGUAGUUCUUUUGCGGAGUGGAGAUAAAACGCCAGCCGACCUCAUUCUAUUCUCUGCCACGGAGCUCAAGGUGGAUAACAGUAGUUUGACUGGAGAAUCAGAGCCCCAGGCGAGGAUCCCUUUGCCAAACGGUUCGAAGCAAAGACCUGUGGAAGCAGAGAAUCUGGUUUUCAAUUCUACGCUGACUGUCAAUGGCGAAGGGUGGGGAGUCGUUGCUAGGACCGGAGAUCACACGUUCAUUGGACAAAUAGCAAGUUUGACCGGAGGAGAAAGUGGUAAUGAGAGCCCGCUCGCCCGUGAAAUUGGUCAAUUUGUUGUCUAUGUGUCCUGCAUCGCGAUCGCCUUUGCCAUCGUCUUUUUUGCUGUUGGUAUCACCACCGCCUACAAGGGACAGGCCGCUUUGACUGUCACCUUCGCUGUUUCCAUCUUGGUCGCGUUCGUGCCUGAAGGUCUCCCUUCAGUUGUUACACUUCUACUCUCCAUCGCCGCCAAACGUAUGGCUGCCCAGAAUGUGCUUGUCAAGGAUUUGCAGGGUGUUGAAACACUAGGCUCGCUUACUCUCUUGGCCACGGAUAAGACGGGAACUUUGACGCGCAAUCAAAUGACAGUACGUCGUUUGUAUUCGAUGAUGGUAUCGUUUCUCAUCUUUGCUUCAGGUAACAAACCUUUGGAGUGCACCGAGAACUUCUCAUUGGACGCCCCUGGCAUGUCGGAAAUGGUGGACAUCGCCGCUCUCAACUCUCGCGUUAAAUUUGACAGGACUGACAUUCCCUUCGAUGAACGAACGAUCCUCGGCGAUGCAACGGAAACAGGGCUAACUCGCUUUGCUGGGCGCCAAGUAAAGGCUGAUUAUGAUGCGUACGUCCAUAAAAAUUCGAAGGUGUUUGAAAUACCGUUCAACUCUACCAACAAAUGGGCUUUGGUCAUCGUCAACAAGCCACAUGCAAAUGGUCCUCUGACUGCUUAUAUCAAAGGUGCUCCCGAGCGUGUCUUGGCGAAAUGUUCGACCUAUCUCAAGGACGGAACGACGCAACCGAUCACGGAUGAUUUCAAGCAAGAAUACGACGAAGCUUACAAUUACAUGGCUUCUCGGGGUCAUCGAGUCAUUGCAUGCGCACAACGCCUACUUCCCGCUGAUAAAUACCCAGCCGAUUACGCCUUCACGAAUACCGAUGAAUCCCUUAGCGCUGACUACUCCUUCGUUGGCCUUGUCUCAUUGGAAGAUCCUCCGAAACAUGGUGUUCGCGAAGCUAUUGGCACCCUUCGUUUGGCUGGUAUCAAGGUAAUGAUGGUUACCGGUGACCACCCGAAGACUGCCGAAGCCAUCGCCCGAAAGAUUAAUCUUAUCUUGGGCGAUACUCGAGAGACCCUUGCCGCCAGAACGGGAAGACCUGUCGAGGAAGUCUACGAGGAUGAAGUGAGCGCUGUAGUUGUACAUGGUGACGACAUCGAUGCUCUGGAGGGUUGGCAAUGGGAUCAGAUUUUCAGCAAGGAUGAGAUUGUUUUCGCCAGGACCUCGCCAAAGCAUAAACUUGAGAUUGUCAAGCGAGCCCAAGCUCUCGGCCAUAUCGUUGGCGUAACGGGCGAUGGUGUUAAUGACUCUCCGGCGUUGAAGAAGGCUGAUCUGGGAAUUGCUAUGAAUAUCUCUGGUUCAGAUGUAUCAAAGGAAGCCGCAAAUAUGAUCCUUCUAGAUGAUAACUUUGCGUCGACUGUCAAGGGUGUUGCUGAAGGUCGCCAGAUCUUUGUCAACUUGAAACGGUCGAUCCAGUACACGAUUUCCCACAGUACACCUGAAGUAAUUCCUCAGCUGCUUUAUGUUGUCGUCCCGCUUCCUCUACCCCUGUCCGCUAUACUUAUCUUGGUCAUUGAUCUCGGAUUCGAACUUUUGGUAGCUCUUUCCUUUGCUUGGGACCAGCCGGAAACCAUCGAUGGAUUAAUGCGGAUGAAACCCCGUAAACCAGUCAACGAGCGUUCGAUUCACUCUCUCAAGAAAAGGGCACUAAGGCGCUCAAGGACCCUUGCUCGAGACACCGAGACUCAGGAAGUCAUCCGACCAAGUCGCAUUUCUCAAUGGAUAUACAAGUUGAAGACACCCUUCAGGAGGACAUUCUGGGAGGACGUUCUGGAACCUACGGACAAUGAAAGUUUGGUAGACGGGCUCCUUCUCAGCUAUGCUUACCUUGAGGCUGGAAUAAUUGAGACGUUGGCUUGCUUGGUUGCAUACUUCGUUGUUUUCUACAAGGCUGUCAACUUGUCUCCCUCUUUCCUGACCAUGUCGCUUACUGACAUACACUGGGUGGCAGACUAUUUCCUGAAGAGCAGCCCGGACUUUGUCAAUAGCCGAGGACGUGUUCUCGACGCACAUCAGCAAGUUGAUGCCCUAGCUCAGGCACAGUCGAUCGUCUACCUAUCUAUCUUCAUUGUCCAGUGCUUCAAUGUGUUUGCCGUCAAAGCCAGACUUUCAUACCCAUUCGGCAAGCGGGUUGUUGGGAACAAGUGGAAUUUCAUAGGCAUCCUUAGCGGAGCGUGCCUGGGCAUGUUCAUCAUCUACACACCCCCUCUUCACGUUGUCUUCGGGGGUUCCGUGCAUCUUUCACCCCUCUAUUGGCUUAUUCCGGCGGCCUUUGGUUGUCUCCUUCUGGUUUGGGCAUCACUCCGUGUCGUAUUGCUUCGCAAAUCGGUAGAGCACAUGAAGGUUGGCGAAAUAAAGGGUCUCAUAAUGUGUAAGGGCCAUUGUUUAGACUCGAUGCUAAGACUGGCUAAUUUUCUUUUGACAGUCCCAACGAUGAGAACGAUGAGCAUGCGUUCACGUGGAACGAAAUAA